UGCGGACGCGGCGGGAGAACAGUAGCAGGGGAUAGACAGAUCGGCUCAAGUGCGCUGCCCCACCACCUGCUCCCUCACCCACGACACCAUGACGGGCAUAUCCACCUAAUCCUCCGGCGCUCAGCGCGAGUGCGUCUCGAUGUUCCUCGUGGGUCAGCGGGUCCUUUACAGCUCUCCCACACACGCCCGCUACAUGGACGCGGUCGUCAUCGGCACCCUUCCAACGGCGACCUCGUCAUCACCUUCACCGAGCCUGGUUUCGACCCCACCAACCUUAAGUUCGUCCCCAACUUGACCCUCGUGUCCCGCGUCGCCGGCUCCAUCGCCCCGGCCACGCCGCCCAGCAUGGAGCCGAAGACGGCCCCACCCACCAGGCCCUCCACCACCACCCAGAACCUUCGAUGAGCUUCUCCUUCGCGUUGAUGUUGUCGCACCCCAUGGGUCCCACGAAACCCUUAAUAUCUUUACGUGGUGAACUCCGUUAGAUCAACAAUCCAUGCUUUGAAAAUGAAACUUCAACAACGCAACAACACCAAUCCGCACCGCGGAACCCCACUUCAACCACCCGCCCAGGGACAGUGAACGACCGUUCGCCCCCCUCGGUCUGAUCAACAACGCGUCGCCAUGGGGCGGUCGUCGGCGUGUUUCUCCUCGUCUUGAACCGGAGGCCUGAUGCUGUUUCCUCAGUAACAACAUGAAGGACUCCCCACGGUGGGACAAUAACUGUCGCUGGUGCGCGCGGGCCUCCGAAGUGGAGCAAUAGUUGUCGCCGGUCCGAAAAUUUAUGCGUUCAUCCAUGGUUUCUUCUUCUGAGGUGGGCAUGCGCAACUUCCACCUGAUCAAGCACGGCAAGGUGUGCCCUCUGAUCAACGUGGACAAGCUCUGGUCGCUGGUCCCUGAGGGCACGCGGGAGCAAUUCGCGGCGAAGAAAGACAAGGCUCCCUUCAGGAUGAGGGAGGGGGCAGAGGGGGCAGAACAAGGAGGAGGAGAGGAGGGGACAGCGAGGAGGAGGAUGAGAAAGAGGUGGAGGAGGAGAAGGAGGGAGGCGGACAAGGCCCCCGUGAUCGACGUCAUGAAGGCGGGCUACAUGAAAGUCUGCGGCAAGGGCCAACUGCCCGAACAGCCCCUGAUCGUGAAGGCGCGCUACUUCACCAAGGAGGCCGAGGUCAAGAUCAAGGAUGCCGGCGGCGUCUGCGUGCUGGUGGCCUGAGAGGGUGGCGGGCGGACCGUGGCCGGCGCGACCCCCACGCGCCAGCGUAGCGACCGGAGCAGACCCAUUCCACAAAAGAGGGCCGCUGGAUGGUGUGAGAAGAG